CUCCAUUGUUUUGUGGCACCGAAACUGUUAGUCUGUACUCCCUACCGCUGCUCUCUUCAUCUUUUCUUUCUGGGACAUUUCUUUCAUUUUUCUAGGGUUUCUGGUUAUAUGAUCGGAUAGACAACCCAGAAAGGCAACAAGAAGGUUAGACAUUAAUGGAGAAUUGUGCAAGAGCUGGAUUACAUGAUAUAUUGACUUCAAGAAAAGCUGAAGAAGCAGCUUGGAGACGACUCCAUGCAGCCGCGUGGCUUGAAAGCCUUGUGGGUCCAUUGGGCAUAUCCAGCCAUCCGUCAGAGAAAGAGUUCGUUUCUCGCUUGAGAAAUGGCUUGGUUCUGUGCAAUGUCAUUAACAAGGUUCAUCCCGGUGCAGUGCCAAAGAUUGUAGAAAAUCAUACACCUUUACAAUCACUAAACCGAGAAUGGCAGCCGUUACCGGCCUACCAGUAUUUUGAGAACGUAAGGAACUUUUUGGUGGCUAUUGAAGAGUUGAAGCUGCCUGCCUUUGAAGCUUCUGAUCUUGAGAGGGAUACACUGGAGGCAGGGUCAGCAGCUAAGGUGGUCGACUGCAUCUUAGCACUUAAAUCGUACCAGGAGUGCAAGCAGAUGAGCGGUGUAAAUGGGUUUAAUAAGCAUAUUAGAUCUCCUAUGGUUAUGCAUCCUGCCAGCACAAACAAUUCUCGAUCCCUCUCAUCAGACUCUUGUAGAUGCUUAGACAUGUCAGCUGCAUCAGAGAAACAGCCAGCAGAUGUUGACAUUCAGAAACUUUCUGAUUUAAUUGCUAAGUUACUUGCUGAACAUAUGGCUGAUGCAAAGGAAAACAUAAAUGACACCAUUCUCAUGUCCUUCCAUACUGGCAACACGGAUACGGAGAAGUUAGUGCGUAGGAUAAUGGCAAGUUGUUUGGAGGAUAAAAUUCAGAACAAUUUCCCUGAGUUGAAGUCAAUGUUCAAGAUUUUUCUAAAAGAAAAAAUUGGCUUACAAGAUAAUUCAACAUCAGUGCCUUUGGAGGAUUCAUCUGCACUUGGAGAUUCUAAGUGUUGUCGGGCUUGCUUAAGAAAGGGUAACUGCAAACACAGGCAUUUAUUUCAAAUGCAAGAAAAAGAACUUGUGUAUCUGAAAGCCCUGUUGACAAAGACAAAGACAGAGUUUGAAGACUUACAGUCCAAGUUUCAGACAGAUUUGAGAGAGCUCGGACACCAGGUACAGGAGAUGUCUACUGCUGCUCUGGGAUAUCACAGGGUAUUGAAAGAGAACAGGAACUUAUACAACAUGGUUCAGGAUUUAAAAGGAAACAUUCGAGUUUACUGCAGAAUUAGGCCCAUCAUUGCUGGUGAAAAAAGUAAUGUGAUAGAUUUUGUUGGAAAUGAUGGUUCGUUAAUGAUCUUGGAUCCAUUGAAGCCCAAAAAAGAUGGAAGGAAAAUGUUUCAGUUUAAUAGAGUAUUUGGUCCUACUGCAACCCAAGAUGAGGUAUACAAUGAUACCCAACCGUUAAUCAGGUCUGUGAUGGAUGGCUACAAUGUCUGCAUUUUUGCUUACGGUCAAACUGGAUCAGGGAAAACAUAUACCAUGACUGGUCCAUCAGGUGGUUCAACCAAAGACAUGGGGAUUAAUUAUCUGGCACUCAAUGACCUCUUUCAGAUGUCUAGGAAAAGGAAGGAGGUUAUAAGUUAUGAUAUUCAAGUUCAAAUGGUUGAAAUAUAUAAUGAGCAAGUGAGAGACCUUCUUGCAGAGGAUUCAUCAACUACUAAGUUAGAGAUUCGCAGCUGCAGUGGUGACAAUGGUUUGAGUCUUCCAGAUGCUAAAAUGUGCUCCGUGAAGUCCACUGCUGAUGUUCUUAAUCUGAUGAAAUUUGGUGAGGUGAAUCGAGUUGUCAGUUCCACUGCAAUCAACAACCGAAGUAGUCGAUCUCAUAGUAUCCUGACUGUUCAUGUGCACGGUAAAGAUAUAUCUGGAAGCACCCUUCGUAGUUGCCUGCAUUUGGUAGACCUUGCAGGCAGUGAAAGAGUAGAUAAAUCAGAAGUUACUGGAGAUAGACUCAAAGAGGCACAGUAUAUCAAUAAGUCUCUUUCCUGUCUGGGAGAUGUGAUCACAGCCUUGGCUCAAAGGAAUUCUCAUGUCCCUUACAGAAACAGCAAGCUCACACUUCUCCUGCAAGACUCCUUAGGUGGACAUGCUAAAACAUUGAUGUUUGCUCAUGUGAGUCCCGAAGGAGACUCUCUUGGGGAAACAAUCAGUACAUUGAAGUUUGCUCAGAGGGUAUCUACAGUUGAACUUGGUGCUGCUUGUGCAAACAAAGAGAGCAGUGAGAUAAUGCAACUCAAGGAACAGGUUGAGAACCUUAGGAAGUCAUUGGCAAGCAGGGAACCAAGACCUCCAUGUGAGAAACCAAAAGCACUAACCGAACAAACCCCUCCUCGUGUGCGGAGACUGAGCAUUGAGAAGGGAAGCAACACAAAUUCUCAAACUCUAAAUCCAAUUGACAGAAGGAGAUCUAAAACACCUUCUGCACCAACUCGUUCCAGAAGAUUAAGUUUAGAAGGUCCAAGAGACAGUAAAAAGUAUAAUUUCCAGACAAAGGUAGCGCCAGAUGGCAAGCCCCCAUCUUUUGAGGCAUUAACACUGCAGAAACCAUCUCGAGAUCCAGAGGCAAUGUCAAAGAUGAAUGGGCAUUCUGCUGUUGGCAGUUCCAUGAUGGAAGUGUACCGUCUUAAUGCUCCCAGAAGUCCUACUAGUUCUUCCCAUCAAAAGCGUUUAGUUAAAAUGCACAGUACGACACAAAUUCCACUUCUUCAGCUACCAACUACACCUGAACCGCAAGCAAGAAACACGGUUCAGAUCAUGAUGCAAAAUGAACUUGCUCUUACUACAGAUUUUCAGACAACUAAUUUGAUUGGUAGUGCUAAUGGAAAAGGAUCUCAAAUAAGGAAAUCUUUGCGAACCAUUGGAAAACUGAUUAAUGGCUCUGAGAAGAGUCCAUCAAAAUACAGGAAUCAACAGGAUUCAAAGGAAGUACUCUCACCAAUCAAUGGCACAAGCAGCAACGGCAAAGAUUUAAAGACACCACUUACAGCUAAUGCAAGGGCAAUGAUGAAGCAAUCACUUAGCAGAGUUCAAGCAUCAGGGUCAGAUAGCUCACGUCGAUCUUCUCUCGGAGGGAAACCACCAGUUGAUUCUGAUGACUCUAGAAGGAAUGCCAGGACACCCCCUCCAGUUCAUUCAUCGACAAGGACAACAAAGAAAUGGCUUUAACUCGGGCUCAGUGCAGAACAUUGCAAUGAAGCAAAUUUCUUCCUUUCAUGUUCAAUUGAACCAAAUGGCUUGCACUUAAGGAAGCUGAUUGAAGAGUUGGCCGAUGGUGGUGCUUCGCUUCGAAGCACAGCACAGCAAGAAGAUAUUAUGACAGAACAUUCAUGUACAUAAGAGGAAUAUCAGAUAGCCUAGCCCACUUAUUUUGGUCUAAUUAUGUUAUCUUGUACAGGCAGUAGAUUGCACCUGAUUUUUGGCUAAUAAAGUUUAAGUACUUUAUUUUUAGUAAAUUACAUAAAGAGUAUCUCAAUUUAGAGGU